AAACUAAAAUGGCAUUUGUUAUAAUUUUGGUGUGAAAAGGAGGGAGAGAAAAAAACAAAAAAACAAAGAGGAUUUAAGGGUUACGAGUCGCCUCCCCAAAACCCUUGUCCCUAGUCUCUUCUGCUUCUUCUUCUUCAAAAUCUCUCUCUUCACCAAAUCCUCAGAAGAUGAGCAACGACAAGGAUAGCUUCAACGUCUCCGAUCUUACUGCUGCUCUUAAGGACGAGGAUCGAGCUGGCCUUGUCAAUGCUCUAAAGAACAAGCUGCAGAAUCUGGCUGGUCAGCGUUCUGAUGUGCUCGAGAAUCUGACUCCCAAUGUGAGAAAGCGCGUUGAUGCCUUGAGGGAUAUACAGAGCCAACAUGAUGAACUAGAGGCAAAAUUCCGUGAGGAGAGAGCUAUUCUUGAAGCCAAGUAUCAAACGCUGUAUCAGCCUUUGUAUGUCAAGCGUUAUGAGAUUGUGAAUGGCACUACUGAAGUUGAACUGGCUCCAGAGGAUGAUACCAAGGUGGACCAAGGAGAGGAGAAAACUGCAGAAGAGAAAGGAGUUCCAAGUUUCUGGCUGACAGCUCUGAAAAAUAACGAUGUUAUUUCCGAGGAGGUCACAGAGCGUGAUGAAGGGGCUCUCAAAUAUCUUAAAGAUAUUAAGUGGUGCAAGAUUGAAGAGCCUAAAGGAUUCAAACUUGAGUUUUUCUUUGACACGAAUCCGUAUUUUAAGAACACUGUCUUGACAAAGUCUUAUCAUAUGAUUGAUGAAGAUGAGCCACUGCUUGAGAAGGCUAUGGGGACAGAAAUUGAUUGGUAUCCUGGAAAGUGUCUAACUCAGAAGAUUCUCAAGAAGAAGCCUAAGAAAGGUUCAAAGAAUACUAAACCAAUCACCAAACUCGAAGAUUGUGAAAGCUUCUUCAACUUCUUUAGUCCUCCAGAAGUUCCGGAUGAAGAUGAAGAUAUCGACGAGGAAAGAGCUGAGGAUCUUCAAAACCUGAUGGAACAAGAUUAUGACAUCGGAUCUACUAUUCGGGAAAAGAUUAUUCCUCGUGCUGUCUCAUGGUUUACUGGUGAGGCUAUGGAAGCAGAGGAUUUUGAAAUAGAUGACGAUGAGGAAGAUGACAUUGAUGAGGAUGAAGAUGAGGAAGACGAAGAGGAUGAGGAGGACGAUGAUGAUGAGGAUGAAGAAGAAAGCAAGACCAAAAAGAAGCCAUCAAUCGGCAACAAGGUAUGUAACCUUUCAGAACUAAAGUUUAUUUGAUUUUGGAACUCCAACAUUCAAAUAACCAAACACAAGAAGUUUCAGGCUGAGCAUUGUGAUGAAAAUAGAAAUUAAUAUCGGAAAUGUAGGCUCUAGAGGCCCAUGAAUCAUACAGAUUGCUGAAAGUAACUGAGCAAUCCUAAAAAGUAUGAAUCAGUAAAUAGGUAGUUACGUAGAAGACUCUGAGAAGGAUACAUGAAUGACACAGCAGAGACUAAACAAGCUCUUUAAUCAUGGCAUGGGCAGUACGAGAUAGAACCAUUCUCAUGAAUUCAUUUUAUUACUAUAGUAGCAAACUAGCAAUCAGUGUCUAUGUUUGUGAUAAAUGUGAGAAUCAUCUGCUUAAUUUUUUUUUCCUCUUGGACUGCAGAAGGGAGGGAGAUCUCAGAUAGUUGGUGAAGGUAAACAAGAUGAGAGGCCACCCGAAUGCAAGCAACAGUAAUCUUUUACUACGCUCUACCAGACAUAAAAGGAUUGCGUGAAAAUAUAAUUCAGGUCAUUCUCUGUUCAUCAAGAAUGAGGAUUGAGAAAAGGUUUUGGGAUUUUUAAAAGUGAAAUUCAUCUUGUAGGAGUUUCGUUCGUUUUUCUAUUGGUGUGUUUAUUUUCUCUAAAGCACUUUAAUAAUAUACCUUGGUAUUUAAUUUAUGAAUCAAGCAUCAUCAUCCCUAGUCUCUGCAUUCACUACUUCAUCCCCUACCUAAACUUUGUCGACGAAAGAGAUUUUAAUAACCAUUUAGAUAGUAAUGGGUAGUGGGAAUGAUCAUUAUUCUUUUGUUCACCGUCCUUUGAUUUUCAAUGGUAACCAUUUUGUUGUGUAAG